AUGGCGAACUCACUGGCGCUAUUCGCGCGCUCACUCUCCCUCUCUGCAUACCUCGUGACCUCGUCGGAGAUCCCUCGCCACCACCGAGCUGCCCCGCCGCGAGGACCGGCCGCCCCAGCCCCUCUUUUGCGCAGCCAACGUGCGCACCGCUCUCGCCGUAUCCCGCGCAUCGCGCCUCUACCCUCGGCAAAGCCUCCUGUGCACCGCAGCGCCGCCUCGGUGAACCUCGCCGGCAUCGGCCAUGGUGCCGCUGCUGCGGUCCGCCCCCCUGCCGCAUGCACAUCCGCCACCCACCUCGGUCCACCAUGGACCCGGUGGUCCAGCGCCGCAGUCCUGAUCCACUGGCGGGCCAUGGACCCGCCGCUCAUGCGCCGCCACGUGGCCGGCCGAAUCGGCCACCCGCGUCGCCCCUGCGCGGCGUCGGAUGUCAACCCCGGCCAUGCCGCCGGCCAGGGGACGGGUGAGCCUGCCUGCGCUGCUGAAGACGCGGCGCCGCAGACCACGGAGCAGCCUGCGGCUGCAGCUGUUCCUGUGAGCACCGAGGAGCCCCCUACCGGGGCACCGACCACGGCGAGCAGCCCGGCCAGGGCUGAGGAGGCUACAGGGGCACCUCCCCCAGCGAACGCCGCAGAAAGGGAGGGGAGAGCCCCAACCCCUCCUCCCGCCGAGCAGAGCGAAGUCCCCACGCCGCCCCGAGCAGGGGCCGCUUUGACUGCAGGAUCCCCGGGUCUGUUCCGGGGGCCAUGCUCAAGGUGA